ACCACAAGAGCUCGCUAAUAAUCCACCGCAAUAAGCAGAUAACCAACCUCCGUCCGCGCAAUCUCUCAAUCUUCCACAGGCAUCAAUGGCGGGCGCAAGGAACAACGAGCUGCGCAUGACCCUGCUCGGCCUGGCCCUGCUGGGGCUCCUGCUGCUGAGCCACACCGCGGCUCCGGUGGAAGCCGCCGCGGGCGUGCAGGAGAACAGCUUCUCCAUGAACGGCGCCGGUGGCCGCAGUCUCAACAGCUUCAGCAUGAACACCGCCGAGAGCGCUGAGGUCGCCAAGGGGGGGAAGGCCAAACCCGCCGCCGGCGACUUCUGAUCGACGACCCUCCGCCCGCCGCCGUCGAGUACUAAUUAAAUAAUUUAUCCUCCGGUUACCUCGUGCUUGCAUGCAUGCGUGCAUGGCUCGUGCGGUGGGCGCGCAGGAUCGAUCGAUCGGCCGGCCACCCAGAGCUCCUGCAUGCACGCGCGUGAAUGCUGCCUCGUUUGAUUAGGUAUCGUGAUUUUUGUUUGUGUGUGUAAUUUGGAUGUGCAGAUGCAGUGCAUGUGCUGCACCCAUCCGUUGUGUUCUUCAGUGUAAGGGCCGUCUGUUCUUUCGUACGUGGCCUCAUUGAUCAUUAUGAAAGUUAUUAUAUUACUAGUAAAUGUGCCCGUGCGGUUGCUAUGGGUUGAUUGGGGAAAAAAAUUCUUCAAUAUCAUUUUUGUUCUCGUGA